AUGAUGAUACCAAAGAGGGCCUUUGGGCUCGUCAUGUGCCUGCUCCUGGCAACAAGCCUCUUACUUUUCUCUCGAACUGUUGGACAUUCGCUCGCUGAGUACUUCUUUGGGCCCUACGGACCGGUUAUUCCAUACACCACACACAUCGUGUUGUUCCAAUUCAAAGAUGGCACAAGCAAAUUCGCUGUCAAAGAGGUGAUUGCGCAAUUUUUCGGUUUGAAGAAAGCAUGCAUACAUCCAACUAUGCUGAGGCCAUACAUUGUGUCAAUUUCGGGUGGGAAGGAUAUCUCGACUGAGAAUCUACAGAAUGGCAUCAGCCAUGCUUUCGUUUUGCAAUUCCAUUCCAUAGAAGAUCGUGACUACUACGUUAAUGAUGAUCCGGUCCACAAAGCCUUCAAAGAGGCGGCAAGUACAGCGCUAGAAAAGGCAAUUGUGGUCGAUUAUCAGAAUGGGGUGUUCACGAGUGUGUGA